AAACUUUAAGGCUAGUUUCCUACCACUUGUCACGCAACUUCUCUCUUCCUCCUUUCCUUAUUUUCUUUAUAUUCUCCUCAUUUCCCUUCACUGAACCAUAUUCCACUAUUCUACCCAUUUCUUUCUCUUUUUUUUUCCACAACAUUCUUCAUCUUUUCUUCAUAUUCUAAUCUUCAUAACAAUGGCGCUUGAAGCUUUAAAUUCCCCAACUACCCCUCAUGCUCCUUUCAAACUCGAUGACCGUUCUUUUGAUCAUUUUAUCAAGAAGAAACGAUCUAAACGGUGUCGUUCUGAUAUGUCCCCGCCGUCGACCACCGCCGACCACCGUCUCUCUGAAGAAGAAUACCUCGCUCUUUGUCUUCUUAUGCUUGCUAAAGGCGGCGCUACUAAUAAUAAUCAAAACCCAUUAAAGAUUGAAAAAAAUAAUCAAAACCCAGAAAUUGAUUCUAAACUUGUUUAUAAAUGCUCUGUUUGUGAUAAAUCUUUUGGGUCUUAUCAAGCUCUUGGUGGGCAUAAAGCUAGCCACCGGAAACCCACCGAAGACAAUAAACCCACUUCUUCUUCAGCUACUACUUCCUCCGCCGCCGCCGGAGCCGCCGGGAAAAGUCAUCAGUGUUCGAUAUGUUUUAAGUGUUUUCCGACAGGUCAAGCUUUAGGCGGUCAUAAAAGAUGUCAUUAUGAAGGGACUAUUGGUGGGGCCAAGAGCGGAAGUGGGACCGCUAGUGGGGUCACCGCCUCUGAAGGGGUAGGUUCUUCUUAUAGCUUAAGCCGUGGUAAUGGCGGCUCAAGAGAUUUUGACUUGAAUCUACCGGCUUUGCCUGAUUUCUUGGCCGUUGACUUUUUCAAAGUGAGGAAUCAAAGUCAAGGGUUUUGUGUGGAUGAAGAAGUUGAAAGUCCUCAUCCUUCUAAGAAACCUAGGAUGUCAAAACAAGAAACAAAUGGAUUGUUCUAAUGGUUGAAGGCUGUUAUCGAUUAUUGAUAUUUUUUAAAUAAAAAAAAUGAUUUUGGGAAAAUCUAUGUUUAUUUGUAAAAUAGUUAGAAAUGAUUGGAUUAGUUCUUUCAUGGUUGGUUAUUUUAAUUUUUCUUGCAAAAAUUGUUGGGAUUAAGUGUAGACUACCACAAAAUUUUGGGGUAGGAUAUGAUAGCUAUACUAGUUUAUUUGGUGGUGUACAGUAUACAGUAAUAGUCUAUAGUUGGAUUAAUGGAUUACUAAUACUGGUUAGUGAGCUACUAUUUGGUGGGUGUUUAGUGAUUUAGUUCAUCAUAUGUAUCAAAAUGAAUUUAGUGGAAUAAUACAAUUGAAUUCAUUCUUUUGAA